AUGGGUCGUCUAUUCCUGUUGCAGGAGCAGUGCCUGCGAUUGAUGGGUCACAGCAUGGACAGUCAGAGCAACGAUGACAGGGCCCUGACCCUUGGCCUCAAGCACUUUGCAUCGCUGUUGUUGGUUAUCUCAGCGGAAUAUCCGAUGAUGUCGUAUGUCAUGUAUAAUCGGGAUGACAUCGAGCUGGUUACGGCCAGUCUGAGUGUUGUGUUCACCAAUCUGUUGACUGUCAUCAAGAUAUCGACGUUUCUUGUCUACAAGCAAAACUUUUGGCAACUGAUGCACAGCUUCAGGCAAAUCUAUCCGAAAUUUCAUCAAAGCGCUUCGGAUGUUGUUGGCCACGAUUACAUAACCAAGGACAACAAUUUUGCGGCGCUACUUGGCAAGGCUUAUUGCAUUUCCUGCGCUUGCACCGGGCUCUACUUUAUGCUGGAUCCCAUUCUAAAGAUCAUCAGCAGCCACUGGCGAGGCGAAAUCUACAUACGAGAGCUGCCCAUGCCCAUGAAAUUCCCCUUCAAUGAUGUCAACACUCCCGGUUAUGAGUUUGGCUUUGGUUACACAGUAUUUGUAACCAUUGCAGUGGUGCUCUAUGCUUCGGCUGUCGAUGGUCUCUUCAUCUCAUUUGCUUUCAAUUUGCGUGCACAUUUUCAGGCACUUCAGCAACGCAUUCAGCAGCUGACCUUUGACCAGUCGGCUGAGGCAGACCAUGAGCAAAUGAUUCAUGUGGUGCAGUAUCAUGUGAAGCUGCUGGACUUGUCCAAGCAGCUGCGCAUCACUUAUAUGCCUAUAGUAUUUGGACAGUUCUUGAUAACCUCGAUACAGGUUGGCGUCAUUAUCUAUCAGAUACUAACGCACAUGGACAAUGCCAUGGCUUUGAUUAGAUUCUUCUCCUUCUUUGGUUCCAUCAUGCUGCAGCUAUUCCUCUAUUGCUAUGGCGGCGAGCUUAUCAAAAACGAGAGCCUGCAGGUUGGCGUCGCUGUGCAGCUAGCCGACUGGCAUCUGGCCACGCCCAAGCAGCGGCGUUCCUUGGCCUUCAUCAUGCAUUGUUCGCAGCGUGGGAUGCUCAUCAAGGCGGGUUUUUACGAGGCAUCGUUGGCCAACUUUCUGGCGAUCUUUCGAGCUGCCAUGUCGUUUAUCGCUGUUAUUCAGUCGGCCGAGUAA